GGGAUCCAGAGGCUGGAGGCCAUGCUGUUCGCCAUUGACAGGAUCAACGUGGACAACGUUUUGCUGCCGGGCGUCUCGCUUGGCGUCCACAUCCUCGACACCUGCUCCAGAGACACGUACGCACUGGAGCAGGCUCUGGAGUUUGUAAGAGCCUCCCUCACCAAGGUGGACGACACUGAGUUCAUCUGUCCAGAUGGAUCCUACGCCUUGCAGGAUGACAGCCCACUCGCCAUCGCAGGAGUCAUCGGAGGGUCUUUCAGCAGCGUCUCCAUACAGGUUGCCAAUCUUCUCAGGCUCUUUCAGAUCCCUCAGAUCAGCUAUGCUUCAACGAGCGCUAAGCUCAGCGACAAAACCCGCUACGAUUACUUCGCCCGAACCGUCCCUCCUGACUUCUACCAGGCCAAAGCCAUGGCCGAGAUCCUCCGCUUCUUCAACUGGACGUAUGUGUCCACUGUGGCAUCAGAGGGGGACUACGGUGAAACUGGCAUAGAGGCGUUUGAACAAGAGGCUCGCAUGAGGAACAUUUGUAUUGCCACUUCAGAGAAGGUGGGGCGUUCAAACGCAAAGAAGUCCUAUGAGGCCGUGAUCCGUCAGCUCCUACAGAAGCCCAAUGCCCACGUGGCCGUCCUUUUCCUGCGCAGCGAUGACGCCAGAGAGCUUCUUGCAGCUGCUGCCAGGCUGAACACCUCCUUUAUAUGGGUGGCCAGCGAUGGCUGGGGGGCGCAGGAGAGCAUCGUCAAGGGAAAUGAGGUCACCGCCGAAGGAGCCAUCACACUUGAACUGGCGGCCAACCCUAUACAGGAAUUCAAUCGCUACUUUCUCAGUCUGAACCCUGUCAGAAACCAUCGCAACCCCUGGUUCAGGGAAUUCUGGGAGCAGCGCUUCCAGUGCUCUUUGGGAGCAGGAGGUUUGGGACUGGGAGAGACCCCGCUCCCGCCGUGUGAUAAGGACUUGUCAAUGGACAAGGGCCACUUUGAGCCCGAGUCCAAGAUCAUGUUUGUGGUGAACGCGGUGUACGCCAUGGCCCAUGCCCUCCACAAUAUGCAGCGGAGCCUGUGCUUCAACACCACCAAGCUGUGUGACAGCAUGAAGGCCUUGGAUGGGCGCCGACUCUACAGGGAUUACAUUCUUAAUGUCAGCUUCACAGCCCCCUUCUCCCCUCUGGGCAGUGAGACGGUGGUGAAGUUCGACUCCCAGGGAGACGGCAUGGGCAGAUAUAACAUCUUCAGCUACCAGCGCUCCGGCGAACGUUACGGCUACGUGCCGGUGGGUGAGUGGGCAGAGAGUUUGAGUCUGAACAACGAGCUGAUACACUGGCCAAGAGAGGUGGCGCCGACCUCACAGUGCAGCGACCCCUGUGAACUUAAUGAGAUGAAGAAAAUGCAGGCAGGUGAGUACUGCUGCUGGAUCUGUACAGCCUGCGAGCCUCAUGAAUACCUGGCUGAUGAGUUCACCUGCUCGCCCUGUGCUCCUGGUCAGUGGCCCACUGACGACCUCACAUCCUGUUAUGACCUUCCGGAGGACUACAUCAUGUGGGAAGACGCAUGGGCCAUUGGUCCAAUUACCAUCGCCUGUGUGGGGUUUAUGUGCACCGGUCUGGUGUUCUGGGUGUUCGUCAGACACAACAACACCCCACUGGUGAAAGCAUCUGGCAGAGAGCUCUGCUACAUCCUCCUCUCUGGAGUCUUCAUGUCCUACGCCAUGACAUUCCUCUUCUUGGCCAAACCCUCUCCUGCCAUAUGUGCCCUGCGGCGGCUCGGCCUGGGCACGUCAUUCGCUGUCUGCUACUCGGCCCUGCUCACCAAAACCAACCGCAUCGCCAGGAUUUUUAAUGGCGUGAAAGACGGAGCGGGCGCAGUGAGGCCUCGCUUCAUUAGCCCAUCUUCUCAGGUCUUCAUCUGUCUGAGUCUGAUCUCCGUCCAGUUAGCGAUGGUCUCGGUGUGGCUGCUGCUGGAGGUUCCCGGGACGCGGCGCUUUACUUUGCCAGAACGGCGACAGACUGUCAUCCUCAAGUGUAACGUCCGUGACUCCAGCAUGCUGCUGUCGCUGGGAUAUGAUGUGCUCCUGGUCAUCUUGUGUACUGUGUAUGCCUUCAAGACCAGGAAGUGCCCCGAGAACUUCAAUGAGGCCAAGUUUAUUGGUUUCACCAUGUACACCACUUGUAUCAUUUGGCUGGCCUUUCUUCCCAUCUUCUAUGUCACAUCUAGUGACUACAGGGUUCAGACCACUACCAUGUGCAUCUCAGUCAGUCUGAGUGGCUUUGUGGUGCUGGGCUGCAUGUUUGCCCCCAAGGUUCACAUCAUCAUGUUUCAGCCCCAGAAGAAUGUGACGAGUCACAGACUAAACCUCAACCGCUUCAGUGUCAGCGGGGCUGCCACCACAUAUGCAUCUCACGCUUCUGUCAGCUCCCACUUUGUCCCGACAGUUUGCAACGGGAGAGAAGUCGUCGACUCCACCACUUCCUCUCUGUGACGACGUCCGGUCCGCUCUCUAAAACCUGUCCCUGCGACUGUUAGCCUAAUGAUGAACAUUACUUCCUACAGCUUGGUUACCCCACCUCAUACACACACACACACACACACACACACACACUCUAACAUAAACAUGUGUACACGCACAAAAUAAGUGAACAACUUCCUUGUGGACUAGAACUGUAAUUGUUUUACAAAUGUAGAAAGUGUGUAACUAUAAUUAAAUUGUUUUCUAGGGUUGUAAAUACAUGGAAUUGACAUUGUUGUACGUAGAGUAACAAAAAGAACAAAAAAAGUUUUUAGGAGGAAAUUUUUGCAGUUUUUUUGUUUUUGAUAGAUUUGUUUCGAUGUAAAUAGGAAGAAGCUGAAACCUGGCGGCGGUGGUGGGGAGUGGGGUGGGGGGGACGUGCCCCUCAGUCUGGAUGCACAUUUACAGGCUCUGCUUGCCUCGCUGCAAAACCCACAGACUUUUUUCGAUUCUCAUGCUUUUUUGUAGUUCUCAUUGUAACAAUGUAUGCAUUUCUAAGGUGUUUUCUGUACAGUUGUAUAAAAUACUACUGAUGGUUCAAACAGCACAACGUUAACAUUCUUGUAACACUAGAAUGAAUGUGGACAACAAAAAAAGCAUAAACUUGAAGGAAGAAAGGAAGCUUCAUCAAACUCAUUUCACUUUGAGAAUUUAUCUUAUUACAUCUUAAUAGAUGUGUUGCAUUCUGGGUCUUUAUAACAACCUACUAUGGCUGUUUUAGCAGGAAAAAAACAUGUUUUUUUGCUUUUGAUACAAAUGUUCUUUUUUUCUAAUUCUAAUUAUGGAAUCCCUUUAUUCUAAAUGGCCAUAACUCCAGACAUGUGUUCAACAAAGCAACACAGUUUCACUCCCACUCUUAAACUCCUGUGUCUCUGAAAGGCUGCUGGGAUGCAUCGCUAAUAAUAACUAAUAGCUGGACUGAAAAGAUGAGGUACAACAAAUGUUUUUUUUAUUAUAAUUAUUAUUAUUAUUAUUAUUAUGAGCCUUGGAAGAACAAGAACAAAUCACUUUCUCAGUCAGUAAUUAUGAGCUUUAUGUUCUCGAAUUAAACAAAUAUUAAUGGUUUGAUUUGCUGAACACAUGCAGAGUUUUUUCCAACUAUAGGGGGAGUAGUAGCUUAAUAUAUGUGCCCUGUUAGAAACCAUAUGUGGUGACAUUUUAAACAUGGCAAUGUGCCUUAAUGUACGUUUAAUAGGUUGAUGUCGUUAGAGGUCGGUUUUUACAUUCAGUUCCAAGUUUGUUUGUUUGUUUGUUUUGUUUUGUUUUGUUUUGUUUUGUUUUGUUUUAUUUGUCAAGAACUUGUUUCAGGACAGCAGGGUGGCAGUUUUCUUUCAAACGAAGCCUUGUGCCAUUGAUUGUAUACCUGAAGUACUGAAACAGUGACUCCGAGGAAAUGUUUGCUUCAAAUGACUUUUCCCAUCUGUAGAUUUCUUAAAUACAGACGUGUCGAAUUUUGUUUGCAUCCUUUAAGUUAAAAAAAAACAAUGAAAGAACUUGAAACUGAUAAAAGUAAUAUCAAGGAGGAAACUGAUGAAAGUGAGUCAUUGGUUUUGAAUUGUGGUCCAGAUGAUUUAAUUUUUAAUUGACAACUGGACAGAAGGAUGGCACUCUCUUGGAAAAAAAAAGAAAAAUAAUAAUUUGUCCACAUCUUAAACUAAGCUGUGUCCCGUCAUCAGCAUCACAGAUGUCCUUAGACUGGAAUCAGUCAGUUUGCAUAUUUAAAAGGUGAAAAGUAGUCACAGUGCAGUUUGGUAUCAUUGUGUGUACUAUAGACCACAAAAAGCUGACCAGAGUGUUGUCUCAGGAGUUUAGAAAGAAAAUUAUUGAUGAGCGUUUUAAAGCAGGUGUUCAUGUGAUUACAGUUGUACAUGAGCUUAAAUAAAUACAUUUUUAGGAAAUACCAACAAAAUUUAACUACGGAAGAAGCUUGCUUAUGUUCCAGGGCUGCUUUGCUGCAUCACAUUUUAAUCUCAAGACUAUCAAGGCAUUCUGGAGCAAAAUGUCCGUGUCAGAAAGCUUGGUCUAACCUAACUCUAACCUCACCGUUUUGCAGGUCCUGGUCCUCUAAUACAGUGAUAAUAACCCAUAAGACACAACUAACACCACCCAGGAAUAGUUGGGGAAAAAAUGUUGGACUGUUCAGAUUAUAAUGCCCUGAUCGAAACCCUUUUGAACAUUUGUGGAAGGAGCUGAACCUGAGAAAGUUAAAGGAUAUGCUUGAUUGCAGGGAUCUCCUCAACAGUUACCAUCCUUUUUGUCAAAGCCUAUUGUCAUUUUCAAGUUAGUUUACAGACCAUUAUUGUUGUUGUUUUUUAAUCAAAAGAUGCAAACAAAUUUCUGUGACUGUGCACCCAUCUUAUUCAUGUUACUCGUUACUCGUUUACAGCUCCUGUAAAAAAUACGAAAAGGAAAAAAAACACACAAAUGGAAGGAAAUAAGCACAUAUAUAUUAUUCAGAGAAAGUCUGUGACUCGUUGACUUGUUCAAGUGUUCAGUUUACAUCCCUGUAUUAAAUCUGUUGAUGUUGGGAGGCACAGUGGAGCAGCUGGCUUUGGCAGUCCCAGAGAGGCUCAGGAGAGGAGGCAGGAGCGCACACUGUCAGCUGCUGGCAGAUCCCAGCUAACAAAACAUCUUAGAGUAGAACAGUUCUGCAUAGAAUAAAUAAAAUUUAUCAACACAUCCAUACAUAUGAAACUGUGGUUAGCAAUGUUCCAGACUUUCUUUUGGAUUCAUAAAACAGUGACGUAAAAAUAUGUAUUCAUUUAGGCAAAUUAGCCUGAAACAGUGAACUAAUUUAGAAAAUUUUAUUUAAAUGGGUUGAUUCAUGCAGAUAUUUGUUGAAAUUAGGAUGAUAGCAAUUUCUUAAUGAACUGAUCUUAAAUGUUUACAUAUAACAAGCUGUCUAAAAUAAAGUGUGACUGUUAUCUUUGAUGUUUUCAACAAAAAUAUGUGAUCAGAAUCACUUUUUUAGUGAGCAAUUGAACUCUUGUUUUGUCCAAUUUGCGAACUAGACGUGGGCAGAAUUUUUUAAAGUUUCACCUUUUUGACCGGUCAACGCGUUUGCAGCAGCCGCUCUCCAGGCAGCCUCUUGUGAUUAUCGCAUUGGACGAUAGUUUCAGAGGGUGCGUGGCGAUGAGCCGACCUACAUGGGGUGUGGGAGGUGGGGGGGGGGUACCUUAGGUGCAGGGACAGCAGGCGAGAGCGAUGGGAUGCUGCUGCUGGAUUACGUAAAGCACUCCCGCAGCACAGGGAAUCGCAGCGCCUCUGUGGAAAGCUCAAAGUAUCUCAGAGAUUCACUGUCUUUGUUGGAAGAAGGCUUACAUUCAUUCAGUCAGUGGUCCUGCUCCCACAAGAUACACCCUGCAAGGCAGGUUGCUACGGCCAACCACCAGCACCCCAUCCACUGCUGGAAUGUCUGUUUGUCCGCCUGAAGAGAAGAGGUGGCGGGAAAGGGGGAGGGUGAGGAGUGGCUGAGAAAAAGGGUACCAGAAAGAGGGAUUGGUUGGUGGUGGUCCUGGUCCAAGUUGGCAGAGAGGGCUGAGACUUGGCCCAGCGGGGCCCUGUGCUCACGGCUUUUUAAUGGACACACAAACAGAGCACUUAACCCUGAUUCCCUGCUCGUUUAGCCCAGAGACUAGUCGGGGACAACAGUCCCACACUCUUCUUUGACCCCGCUCUCUUGCGAUCCGCCUCACCCCGUCGACCUUUCCCUCGCCACCUUUGUGCGCCUCAUCUCCACUCCAUGUGUGAAACUUGUGACGGGGUCUGUCUCAGCCAAGACCACCUAAACCAGAGCAACAGGCUGGUAGCUCACACUUGAACUGAGGCGCCUGGAUCUGGGUGCUCGCUGAAGCACAUGCCAUCAAGUUUUUUUUUUUUUUUUUGGGAAGUUUUAAAAAAAAGAUAAAGGGAUGUCACACAAAAGAUUUGAACACUGAAUAGGAAAAAUUAAUUGGAAAAGUCAGCUGCAAAGAAACUGCAUUACCUUAAAACUCAUCACCUUUCCAAAAAAAAUCAUCUCAUGCGUCCAAUAACUUCAUCUGGAAUCUUCUCUAAUUGGUUUUUGCACAUGAAUAUCCUUUUCAAGCAGCCAUCCGCUGAGGACUCUGUCCCUCCAUUCAGACUGUGCCAACUGUCAUGUGCUUUACAAAGAUCUCUGUGCUGUAGCCCCGUCUAUACAGCAGAAUGUGUCCUUGGCCUCUGGGCUUCGAAACGAGAAGAGAUCUCUGCAGACGAAAUGAAGCCGAGGUUGAUGUGAACUCUGGAACUGGCCAGACACAAAGCAAUAGCUCCCGUGUUUAUGAAAUGUGCAAUAAUGAGGCUGUGUGAUGACAUCUUAAUAAAGUCCAUGAAGCAAACA